AACACCGGUGUGUGGAGUCUGCGAAGAUCCGGGCCAAAUAUCCAGACCGGGUUCCGGUGAUUGUGGAGAAAGUGUCCGGCUCACAGAUCGUCGACAUCGACAAGAGGAAAUAUUUGGUUCCUUCUGACAUCACGGUGGCGCAAUUCAUGUGGAUCAUCAGAAAACGCAUUCAGCUGCCUUCAGAAAAAGCCAUCUUCCUGUUUGUAGACAAGACCGUGCCGCAGUCUAGCCUCACCAUGGGUCAGCUCUACGAGAAAGAAAAAGACGAGGACGGCUUCUUGUACGUGGCGUACAGCGGGGAGAACACGUUCGGCGUCUGACCGCCGCGGCGGCAGCUUGUGAAUCUUGUAAAUAACGAGCGUGGGUUUUAGCGCACUUCCCUGUAGCGUAGCGGCUCGGUAACUGGAUGUGUUUCUGAUAAACUUGUUCUCGUUCUCCGUGUUUAUCGAUCGCUGUCUGUAGAUAUUUCUUUUUAAUUUAUUCUUUUUUUUUUUUUUUUUUUUUGCUUUUUUAUUGUAUUUUGCCGCCUCUUUUUUUUCUGUCGCGGUCGCCAUGUACAAAAUAAGGCGAUGGACUGUUUGGCAGUAAUGGGGGUUCAUUCUAGUCCUUGUGUGUGUAAGAGGACCCGGCGGCAUGCGCUGCGCACACGUGAAAGGUCCUCGCAAUGUUAUGAAGGAAGGGAAACCUCGGCAUGAAUGUGACUUUUGUCUUUCUUUACCUGCGAGGAGCUCCCCUCCCCCGCCCUAAAGUAUAAUAUAUAUUGCAGCUUACUACUCCUUCAUUAGUGUUCUGGCUAAGAACAUUUUCAGCAAGUACAGGAAAAUAAGUGUUGAUCCUGCCAGAAAGGCCGUACUAAUCUGUAUCUGAGCGCCACAAACUGAAAACCAGACCGAAAAUUAAUUUCUAAUAUUCGGAACAAACUCCUCCCACCCAUCCAUGCUUUAUUUUGUUGGGAAAUCGCUUUCUAAAACGGCUGACGCUUGGCGUUUUCGGCCAUCUUGAGUAAGGGCAGCUGAUUCAUGUAGCGUUUACUUCCUGGAAUCCAUCUGCCCUUAGCUCUGGCAGGAGGGUGUGCUUAGCUGAGAAAGCCCCUCCUCUUUUCCUGAAGAUGUAUUACGUCAUUUAUAUAAAACAUAAAUAUAAUCUCCCUUCCUGUACUCAUUACAAAUAAUCCAUGUUGAUUGGGAGAGCGAAGUGCCGCCAAAAUUAUUAUAAUUUUUAUUAAUUCAGCCGUUAGAAAUACUGCAGCUGCUGACUUUUAAAAUAAGGACACUUACCUGUCCUGGGUGCCCCCCCGAUGUCUUCACCUGAAGGUGAUCUGUCCCUCAGCUCUCCUAGGUGGAGGCGCCGCCAUCUUUGGUAAGGGAAUCAGGAAGUGAGGUCUUGCCGCUUCACUUCCUGGUUCCCUACUGCCCAUGCACGACCCUACUGGUCCCUGCUGUCUUCUGGGACCUGUGUGGAUUCCGCGGCGACCUAUCAGCAGAAGUGGGAGCAAAUGCCUGGAUUAAACGGGUAUCUGCUCCUCCCCCACCCCCCACGAAAGGUGCCAGAUGUGACACUGGAGGGGGGGGGGUAGGAAAAGGUGGACCCCCCACUAUAAAGUAGAGAUGCACCAAUCCCAAUAUCUGUGCCGAUGAGUAUUUGUGAAAAUGUUCCCGAUAUAUCGUGGCGCGAUUUGCGUCUGUACAAAAUGAAGGGGCACAAAUCGUAGAUCCGAUUGUGGUCAUCUACAGCUUGGGCUCCCUCCUCUCUCAGGGCAGUGGACCCCCUCCGCCCCCAGUCACCUCCCCCCCUGUCAAGCGCAGAGUAGCCAAUUCACUGGUCCAGGGACCUGAACCCCCCCCCCCCGGCUUUCUCUCCUCUCCUUGUAGUGCUGAAAGUACGGGCUUCUGAUUGGUCAGUGCCAUCCAUGUGAUGGUGCUGACCAAUUGGACUCCCUGUAGUCAAAUUAGAGAAAGCCUUGAGGGGGCGACUGAGGAGGGGGUCCAGUGGGUGGAUCGAGCUGCUGGAGAGGCGGGAAACAAAGCCAUGGGGAGGCGGGAGCCCAAGCCCUAGAUGACCACAGUCGGAUCGGGAGGCGGAGCUGGUGGAACACGUCCUGCAGGAAGGUUUCCUGCACCGCUCCUUUGUGAUCUCGGGUGCAAAAUCACGAUGACAAGCCCGGCUUCACACAGGAGGUGUGCGGGAAACUGCUGCAUGUGAUUCGGACAGGAAUCGCACCACAUUCCUCUUCAAAUCGCAAUUCUUUUCAGCGCGAUUUGCACCCAUUCAUUUGUAUGGACACAAUGAUCGGUAUUUGAUCAGAAGAAUUUGGCAAUAAAAAGAAAAAAGUAUCGGUGUAAUGGAAAGUGAACUAAAAGCCAGAAUUCUGCUUUAAGGGGAAAAAGCUCCUCGGGGGCGGGGACAAGACUCGCAUCUCUGCACAGGCUUCCCUUCGCCUCCCUGUAAUUUAUUAUUUUCCUGCAGAUCCUAUUUAAGAAGUUUUUGAUUAAUCGCAUUUGUAGCAUUCAUAUUGAUUCUGGAUUUUAAAAAGAAACCCGUCCUGGGAGAAGAAGCGUGUCGGCUGCCAUUGCUGAACUACACCUGAAAAUGCUGGCUUGCCUGCAGACCCCUCCCCCUCCCCCCUCAUUGGUUCAAUAGUUUGAGUGACGAACACUAAACAAGCAUGCUAAUGGGGGCUGUCCUGAAACUUGCCCCCGGGGGGGGGGGGGGGGGGGGCAGUCGGAAAAUCCCGGAGGAUCCGCCUCAGAGACCCCGGAGAUUUGCAAACCUAAUAUUUUAUUUAUUUUUAUUUCCAGCAAUGGCAGCCGCUGUUUUCCUCCAAUGGCGGCGCGGCUUUUGCUGGUUUGGUUGUAGAAUUCCAUCUCUUAGUGCUUCGCUUUCAUUCUAUCGGUAAUCACUGGUAUGUAACUAAUAUACAUCUUCACAGUCCUGCUAAUAAAAGAAAAAAUCAAUACAUCA